AUGACCCAUUGGAACGGGACGAUCCUGGGACCGCCAAACUCGUCACACGAAAACAGAAUCUACUCGCUCACCAUAGAAUGCGGCCCAGAGUACCCAGAAAAGCCGCCCAUCGUCAGAUUCAUAUCGAAGAUCAACCUGCCAUGUGUCGACCAAAAUACAGGACUCGUGCUAGCCAGCAAGUUCCCUACACUGAACUCCUGGAAAAGAACGUACAGCAUGGAGAUCCUGCUGCUGGAGCUCAGAAAAGAGAUGGCCAGCGGACCAAACAGGAAACUGCCGCAGCCUCCAGAGGGCGAGACGUUCCAACUCCAUUAA